UAGAUUAUAUUUUAAAUAAAAUAAAAAAUAAUUAUAAAUCAUAUUUAUUUAAUAAUAUGUAAGUUGAGUUAAGUUGUGGAUAAGGAAGAGCUUAUAGAAGAUUACGUUUGAUCGAGUCGAUGAUUCUUCUCGAUUCCUAAAUUUUGGGAGAGAUACGAAUAUACGAUAUCGGAGAGAGAUAGUAACGCAUCGUUUCCAUUUGAUUCACUUCAAUUUUGGUGCAAUUUCAGAGCGACAGUAACCAGAUGACAAUGAAAUCUCGGAACCAAAACAAGUCGUCUGCGAAUAAUAAUCAAGCUGUUGAUGUUUCUGAGUGGGAAAUUGUUGAAUCUAUUAAGCCUUAUCUGUUUACAGAGGCUGCAAUGAAAAUCAAGGAAGAAGAGUUAAAUUCAACUAUUUCCAAAUUGGAAAAGAAAAUUUCCUCUUUGAAAGAGAGUUUGGCAAAUGAAGAGUCACAAAAGCUAAAUGCCAUUGAUUUUCUCAACAAAGAAAAAGAAGCUAGGAUGGCUUUAGAAAAGAAUCAUGAUUCUUUAAAGGAAGAGCUUCUACAGGCUAAACAGAAUGCAUCAACUGCUGAAGAGGAGGUGAAAACUCAACAAGACAUGAACAAGAUUUUGCAAGAGUACAACAGAAGUUUGCAACAGUACAAUACCCAACUUCAAAAUCAACUUUUUACUGCCAUUGAUGCAAACAAACAUUUUGUAAAAGAGAAAGCUGCAAUCUUGGAAAAUCACAUCACUUUAAAGGAACAUUACAACUUCUUGCAGCAGUGUUGUGCUCAAACAGAGAAAAUAUCUGUCCUAGAACAUCAGUUAGCAGCUGCAAAUGAAAAACUUAAGAUGGUGGAUUUAUCUUCAUUAGAGAUAAGAAGAAAAUAUGAGGACCAAAAACGGAUUGUUUCAAAAUUAGAGGACCAAUUGCUGGAAGCAGGACUACUUUUUGAAGAGGAGAGAUUGAGAGCUCAACUGCUCAAGGGUUAUAUAAGUUGAUGUAGUUCAAACUUCAAAGUAGUAUUUUUUCUAUACUUAAGGGUUAUAUAAGUUGAAGUUAUUAAUUCCUAUCAUUAUUCUUAUGGGUGUUCCUUUGUACACUAAUCUCACUUUUGUGUACAGAAAGUAUGAUGGUGACAACACACAAUUAAUUGUCAAGGAAAUCAGGAUGACAGAGGCUUGAAAACACUAACAAUGCUUAAUUUGACGACAGAGACUUGAAAUUUUGGUUUAUUAUAACACGUUUUUUCAAAAUGUUUGAUGGUUUUUUGAGCUUGCUUGAAUUUUGAACAGUGGGUUUGACUUUUCCCAAGAGUCAACGCAGUCUAUAGUAUAUUGUUAACUUGAAAUUUGUUUCUAAAAUUUAUAGCGGGUUUGAUUGUUA